AUGACUGCUCCGAUCACGCCAAGUCCGCAUUCGUCGGCCCUCUCUGAAGUCUGCACCCGCGGCUACAACAACACUCUCUUCAACCGCUGGAAAACCCUCUUCCUGCUUGCUGUUUCGAGACAUAUCCCUUCCCGCCGGCACUCUAACUGCUCAAUCGUGUAUCUCUCUCCAAGUACACUCGUGAAGUAUGGUCGGACAGUCCACCUCUCCGAAGCUGCAGCCCUGCUUUUCCUCGCUUCCUCUGCGCCUACUAUCCCGGUCCCGAAACUGCACCACGCAUUCCGAGAUGACAAAAGCGGGAUGACGUAUAUUGUCAUGGAGAAGAUUGACGGUCGGCCUUUGGACGAUGCGUGGCAGGGCAACUCACCAGAGGAGAACGAAAGGCUACUGUCACAGCUGAAGCGCAUCUUUCGAGAGCUGAGGGCACUCAAGAAGCCAGCCGAGACAGGGAUCGGGGCUGGUGCCGUGUGUGCCGCUGACGGCGGGAAGUUGCAUGACCAUCGGAUAUGGAAUGCAGCUGGAGAGAAAGGACUGGGUCCUUUCACGAGCGAGGCGGACUUCAACCUAUUCCUUCGGAACGGAGUCUCCAACACAGACUCUAUCACAGACCCGCAGAGGAAAGAAGACAUUCAAAGAUUAAUUGAGUUGCAUCGGGAAUCGGAGCAAAAGGAUACUGAGACUGUGUUCACGCAUGGGGAUAUGAAUCUGAGCAACAUCCUAGUGAAGGAAGGCAAAGUAGUUGGGAUUGUGGAUUGGGAGAUGGCUGGCUGGUACCCGAGGUACUGGGAGUACACGACAGCGAUGAAUACGCAUUACAUCAGAGGGUGGAGAGAGCAGAUUGGGAAGUUUCUUGAUGAGUGGCCGCAAGAAAAAGAAAUGGAUGAUCUGUGGCGGAAGCUGUAUUGUGAUGGGCCUUGA